GAACACAAUGGGAACUUCUGGUUCCUCCUCUCCUCCAUGGCAGGUCCUUGUUCUUGUUGCCAACCACCUCGACCCCAAAAUCCUAGCCAUAGCCUCUUGUGUCUCCAAAUCAUGGUUCAUUUCCAUGUCCUCAGACCAUCUCUGGCAACCCAUUUGCUCCACCCACUUCCCCUCCCUCUCCACCCUCCAUUUCGCCGACUCCACCGUGCCUUACCACCACCUCUACGCUCUAGGCCGCAUAUCCGCCAAGCGCCGCCUUCAGAAACCCAGAAAACCACAUUUGUCUCUCAACAAUCUCAUGUUCACCAUCGACGUCCACAACAACAAUUCACGCGUUUUCACUGUCUUAAAACUGGGAGCGGAACUCAAAACCGAUCCUAAUGACAUGUUUCGAUUUGAUAUCGAUGUUGAUGGUGAGAAAAUAUUGGUGGGUGAUGAUGAUUUAGGUGGGUUGAGGCUUGCAUGGAAUGUGGUUUUGGAAGGGUAUAAAGGGGUUUUCACUAUGAUGGAGUGUAGGGGGAGAGGAAGUGAUGGGUGGUGGUUCUCGGAGGAGCUUCCGUCGCCCGGUUGCUGUUCCGGGGUGGGGACAAGUGGGUUGGUGGCGGAUUUGAGGUUAGGGUUAGGGUUAGGGGGAAAGGGAGAGAGUGCUUGCUGGGAAGAUGGUGGUGGAGAAGGUGGGGUUGGGUGUGUUGAGCAUAGUGAGUUGGAGAUACGUGAGUGUUGA